CAUGGUGAGAGAUUUAAACACUCUCUUGCUUUUAUUUCCCUCUCUCUUACUGUGAGUCUCUUCUUCCACUCUAUUUAUGUAUAAUUAAAGAGACCCCCAAAAGAAAAAAUUGGAAAUUUUAUUCCCCCUUAUGGCUCACUCUUCUCUUCCAAUCUUUUUAGAUCCUCCAAAUUGGCAUCAAUCGAAUCAGGCAGCAGCAACAAACGACGAUCAUCAAGAUCCACGUCAGCUUCCGGCAGCAUUUCUACCACCGCCGCCGCCUUCGACGGGUCAUGGAGGAGGUGGAAUCCGGCCAAAUUCUAUGGCGUAUAGAGCGCGGCUAGCAAUGAUACCGCAGCCGGAGGCAGCAUUAAAAUGCCCUCGUUGUGAUUCAACAAAUACAAAAUUCUGCUAUUUCAACAAUUACAGCCUUUCUCAGCCGCGCCAUUUCUGUAAAGCCUGCCGCCGGUACUGGACCCGCGGCGGCGCUCUUAGAAACGUCCCCGUCGGCGGUGGCUUUCGUAAGAACAAGAAGAAGAAGAAGACAUCUAAUAACCGAUCUAAGUCCCCCACUCCCUCUCAAUCUCAAUUGGGUAAUUCAAGAUCAACAAUGUCAAGAAAUUGCAACAACAUUGAGAGUAGUAAUACAACGAGGGAUUUUCCAUCACAUCCUUCAUUACAAUUACCUUCGAUAAACAUUAUUCCAUCUCUUCAAUCACAGAUUUCUCGUAGUUUUGGAAACAACUUUGCUGGAAUUCACAUCAAUAAUUCCACUGCCACCGCCGCCAGGGAAUUCGACCAAUGGCAACGUUUUCAACAACAACCAUUCCUCGUCGCGGGACUUGAAUCUCCGACCACCACGACAACUGCAGCAGAAUAUCCAGAAAUUGAUGUCAACAACAACAACUUUGGUGCUAACUCAUUACAACAAUCAAGUGGUUUGGUACAAUACAACAACAAUAAUAAUUGUCCUCAUCAACAACAACUGCAGAAUCUGACACAGUUUUCGAGAAUUCCUAUGAAAAAUGAAGAACAAAACCAAGAACAAGGAACAAUGUUAUCAAAUUUCUUACGACCAAUUGAUCAAAACAACAGCCAGUUUUGGGGAAGUGAACAUCAAAAUUCAUGGACAGAUCAUCAUUUGUCAGCUCUAAGUUCUUCUUCAAGCAGCCAUCUUUUGUAAGAUUUUUUUUUCUUUUUAAUUUAAAAUAAUGUAACUUUUUUUAUUUAUGAAAAAAAAACAUAAUUAAAUAAAUGUAGAGAGAGUUUCAAUAUUAUUGUGUUGUGUAUUGGCUUUUGUUAUGUUUUUUUUUUUAAGAAUCCAAUUAUUUGUUUAAUGUCACACAUAUUUUUAAUAUAGUGUUACAUUUUAAUUA